AAAUACAAAAUAAAUAAAAGUUAAAAAAAAAAUAUUUUAAAAUACAAAAAAUUGUGUUAGUUGUCGUGUAAAAGAAAACCAAGUUUUAUCAAGUUUUCCCGUGCUUUAGUAAAUUCUAACGACAGUUAUAUGGAAAACAGCAAUUAUACAAAAACUAGCUUUCCCAUGUGGUUGUAUUCGAUCCAGUCGACGAGUAACUUAUCACACCAUUUGCUUAUUUAGGCGAAAUAUUGAUCCUGAAAGAUUUCCAGGUAUCGAAGAAAAACUGGCAUAUUCCAAAAAUGAGCAACAGCCGUGGUGGAUUCUUUUCAUUGAAUCGAUUAUUAGGAAGGAAAAACAAAAAUGAAAAGAAAUCAGUUUCAAAUGGUUUAUCAAAAUCAUCGGUGCAAACAUUGACAAGAUCAACAACCAAUUUGGAAGAGAUUUCACCGCAAAACAAAAUCACGCCAUUGGCCACAGUUCAUAAUGCGCCGUUUGAACAAACAUUUCGCAUAACCGUGUAUUUGCCGUUACAACAACUAUAUGUUACGCGGAUUGGUGCAAAAGCCAAGCUGUCUGAACUAUUGGAUAUGAUUUGCACCAACAAAUCACUCGUAGCAGAUAAAUAUGAAUUUAAACACCCAACUGAUGACACACAAGUAUUCGAUUUAAGCUUCACGAUCGGUGAAGUUGGAUUGAAUGAAAUAAAGUUGGCACAUAAAAGUGACAAUGAAAAAACGUCGGUCAAAUAUCGCACAAAUUCUAGUGGUCACAUAAACCGUCCAAUUGCCCGGCCUCAUACAAUAUCAUCGGCAUCUCCUUAUAGUUCAACGAAUUCAUUAAAUUCAUAUGAUUCGGCAGGAAUGACAACAAAUCGGUUAAGCGCUGAUCAGCUUGCAAAUCGAAAGAAGCGCAUUGCACCAAGACCACCUAGUCAAAAUUCAAUACCCGAAAAUCCUGAACAAAAACAUAUCGAACAUGAGACCACAUCACAGUUCGAUCAAUCUGAAUUGAAUCAAAACCAUUUGAUUCGUCAAAAUUUUCAUGUUUCAUCUCCAAAUCUGUCCGUAACUAAUUGCACAAGAUUAAAGUCAUAUUCGAGCAAUUCCAGUACAGACACAUCGAUCAACAGUAGUUUGGAUGGAAAACAAGAUGUUAAUUAUAUGAAAAAUGCACAGAAACACCAGCAAAGUCAUCUGUCGAACGAUGAUUUUGAGUUUCAAACGUCAGAAAGCAAUAAUUUACCAUACACUCAAUGUCAUUCGAGAACAUCCAGCGAUACUUCAGACAUCAAUAAAGAUGGCAAUCUUUCGGAACUUCAAAUGAGAGAAAGAAAACGUCCACCAAUCGGCAAAAAGAAAGCUCCUGCUCCACCACCACGAACCUCGUUCUUAUCAAGUAAUGGAUCAAUUUCAACAUCAAGAUGUGCAUUACAAAAACUUAGUGAAGAGGAGAUAAAAGAUGAAAACGGAAACGUUUCUGCUGAAUCACAAGACGUUGAAGUCAAUCAGGAGUCGGUGGAACCAUUAAAAAAUGGCGUGAAUGUGUCAAAGGUUAUGUUGAAUGUAAAUGAGACUGGAUACGUAUCUAUGGAAAACGACAUCAGCAAUAAUUGGGAGAACAGCACAGACAUAAAAAAUCAUAAUAAUACAACAAUACAAGUCAAUUAUUCGGCGGUUGAGAAACCUGUCGAAACGUUAACUGUGCAAACAAAAGCGAAAAAGGUUUCAAUUGUCGAUUUUACUAAUCCGGAUCCCAAUCAUGGUGAAAUCGAAAUUGAUACAAAUGAUGUUUCCCAGCAGGUCAAUGAGAUAAUUGACGAAGCUGUCAAAAUAAACGAAGAAAUAUUAAAUGCAAAAAAUAGCGAGCAACAUAAUAAUAAACAAAGUAAUGAGAUAAAUAAUAACAACGAAAGAAAUCUAGAUCACACCACCUACGAGAAGAACAAAUGGGCGCCAAAACAAAAAGAAAUCGAAAUUAUAGAACAUUUAAAUUCAGAACAUAGUAAAUCAAAUGACAUAAAAACCGCUUUGGUCGAAGUUCCAAUUCAACCAAUUUUGCACGAAACGCGGACAUUUGAUUUUCAGGAGUAUGGCGAUAAUUCAUUGGCAGUGAGCAGCACAAGUACCACCGCAGAAACACCAUCAACUGGUCCGAACAGCCUAAUCACAUCAGACAUUGAAGACGGCUACAAGGGUAAUGACCAACGACCAAAAAUUGAAUCAACAUGUGAAGAGUCGAAAGAAGACUUCAUUGAAAGUCAAUUCGGGUUUCUCAGUGAACAUGAACAUUCAGAAGCGAACUCAAAUGAGAACGAUGAUGUUGAUGAUGAAAAGUGCGUUCAAGCAAGUGGCAUAAUUUCAUCCACAAUGAUAAGCGAGAACGAUACUUUCAAGGAGUCACCAUCGAUAGUAAAAAAAGAUGUGAUCAAUGAACUAACGCAAUUUAUCAACAGCAAUCGUUUGGAUGCAUUCAUAAGACCUAACAACGAAACCAACAAUGCUGAUGAAACUAGCAAACGAAGUUCGUUAUCAAACUUUCACAUUGGUGCCUAUGCGAAUGGUAACUCCAACACGUCCAAUAGUUUAACAAAUAACAAACAGCAAUCUGGGAACGAAGAUGAUGUCAAUCACAUUCCACAGAUCACAAUUUGCGAUAAAGAACAAAGUUCUGAAACACCUGCAAUUCCGAAACCGAUUGGUCAUCAGAUUGGUCGCUCCAUGUCAUUCCAUUCAACUUUUCCCAGCGUCGCUGAUCAUGACGAAAAUGAGAAUGGAACAAGCAUAGUAAACGGAACAUCCCGAAGUAUAUCCUACAUAUCGUUAAAUGGUACAACAAAACCAAACAAUAACAAUAGCAGCAAUGAGACAUUAAACGAAUUCAAUAAAAUGUCAUGUAAAAAAUCAUCUUCAGAGCUCAGCAUUGCCGAUACACCAUCAUUGCAGUCAAUUGAGGUGAUGAAAUCCAUUUUAAACAAAUCACGCACAUUGAAUCGUGAUGGUGUGCCAUGUGCUCAGAAGAAAGCAAUCAACCAAGAAAAUGGCAAAAAUAACCAAAGAAAUUUUCAUGAAAAUGAAGUAAACCAGCAAACCAAUGAUGAUAUGGCUUCAUCAAAAAUGAAGACUGAGACAAAAACCUGGAAAUAUCAAGGGCCGCCUUCAGUAAAUCUCUCAACGUGGGGUGAGAGACCGAAAUCUCUAGUCCACAUAAAAAAUGAUGAAGACUAUAUUUCCGGUGCGCCUUCAAAAGUAGUCACAUCGAAUGGAGAUAGGCAUAACAAUGUCCGUCCUUCAGAAAAGCCUUUUCAAAAAUCCGAUGAAUACUGUAAAAAUAAUUCGUGUAAAUUACCAGUUGUUCGUAGCGUUGAAUACAAGAAAAACACUCUGUCGAACAAUCAAGAUUCAAAUCAUGAUGACAUACCUGAUUCAGUGCAGUUCAGAUCGAACUAUAAAAUAUCAAGAAUUGUUGGGCAGCGACCAAAUUCAGUUUGUGUUCCAACAACAAAUUUGAAUCAAAAUUCGAAUGAAAAUCAAAAUUCAGAUAAAAUUCCACGAGAAAAAUCAUUUCCAUCAGUGAUAAAUCGAGUUCAAAGUUUCAAUGGUCAGCAUGAAGCAAUCACUAAAAAUAGAACAAAUAAUUCGGUUGGAACUAAUGUCAUCUCUAAUAGGUUUAGUUCAAAUGACACCGAAAAACCCAUAUUUUCACAAUUUACGCUUCGAAAAACUGGCCUGAAAGAAAAAAUUCUCGAUGAAUGCAAUCCCAGUAAAAAAAUUACAGUCAAUCAUUCCAGCAACCAUUAUAAGAAAAUCCCAGUAAAUGAACCUAAGGUAAACCAAAUUCCAACAGCACCAAAACCACCCCCAACGCUAACUAAGCCCAAAAAUCGGCCCGUGGUUGACACACGAGAUGAAUUGCUUAAUUCCAUUCGAAGUUUCAAUCGCGACACGCUUAAGCGAAAAUGCAUAUACUAAAAGUAAAUCCAAAUGCAAUUUUUAUGCUGGCGUAUACGAAAAUAGAAAAAAAUAAAGCAUCUACACAAAUUGUUAUUAGAAAAUAAAAUGCAAAGAUUUAAAUAUUUAAUAAACAUAUGAUGGUGUUAUAUUCAAAUUCUUUUAUGCAGAUUAUUAUUAUUUUUUUUUUAAUUUAUUAAAUCAUGUCUUGCACAAUAUAUUCCAUGUAAAUACUUAAAAUUUGAUUAAUAAAGAACAAUUGUUUUUGAA